UUCAUUCUUAGAAUUGUUGACUUUCCUGUUUCACGGAAAAUAUACCCUACUAAAGCUUAAAAGAUGGGUCGUAAUCGGGCGCCGCGUCCAACAUUCCAACUGGGAGACUUCGUUUUCGCCAAGAUGCAGGGCUAUCGCCCCUGGCCGGCCCGCGUCCUCGGCCGCUGUGACACCGUCUCCGAAACCAAGUAUAAUGUGCUCUUCUACGGAACUUGGGACACCGCCAAGGUGUCCCCUUCGCAUAUGUUCGAUUUCCAGACAAACAAACGGCGUCUGGGCGCCCGGCGCUCUAGGAGAACCGCGCGGACCACCGACUUUGGCAAGGCAAUGACGUACGCGCAACAGGCGUUUGAAGGGCCCGAAAAAGACUUUGUCUAUUAUCAGGUGCUGGCGCGGACGGAGGGUGAUGGCGAGUGUUCCGUAGCCUACGAAACGUCGGCCACGGAGUCGGAGACUGAUUUGGAGGAGGAGCAGGUGCUCCCGCCUGCCAACAAGCCAAAGAAAUCAAUGUCGCUGCUGGAUGACCAGGAUGAUGCUCCAGAUCAACCUCAAGUGACCAACGUUCUAGAAAUAGAGCUAGAGCAGGACAAUCCUGUAGUGGGCAAUGAACAUUUGAAGGAUUUGGAAGAGCAGGACAACGUAGAAGAGCAGUUGGAUAACAUAAUGAAAAAGGAAUAUGAUGAUCCGGAUUUAGCUUUCAUAGUUGAAAGUAACGAAGAUAUAGAUUCUGAUAACGACCAGCCCAUUAACCUGUGCUGCCGUCGCAUCACUGGAGACGAGCAGUGAACGGAGUCGGCUUACUAUUACUUCUAAUGUUUAUUGACAAUAUCUAUAAUUUC